GCCGCCGUUCCCGUGCCCGGUAGGCGGCAGUGCUCGGCGCUCCGAGCCGUUCCCACCCCUCCCGCUCCCGUAGAGGACCGACGAGGCGGAUGCAAUUCCCCGGCUGCCCCUGUCUCCUCGGCGGGGCGGCGGUGCCCGGCCCGCAGCGCGCAGGCACCGAGAGCGGCGCCGGGAGCGGCCCGGCGGCGGGCGGCAGCGCGGCCCCGCUCCGCAGCGCGCUCUCCCCGCCGCGGCCCGGGCCCAGCCGCCGGGGCCCGGCCCAGCUCCGCGGGGCCAUGGCCGAGUGGGCGCCCGCCCAGGUGCAGGAGUGGAACGUGGAGGCCCAGCACCUGAUGCCGCUGCAGCCGCCGCUGCUGCCCGAGCGCGCGCACAUGCGGGAGGCCCAGCUGCACUCCGCCGAGGCCUCGCUCUGGACCGUGGUGGCCACCGUGCAGGCCAUGGAGAGGAAGAUCGACCUGCUCGCCACCCGCCUGCUCAGCCUGGAGGGCAGGUCCGGCACGGCCGAGAAGAAGCUCCUCGACUGCGAGAAAACCACGAUGGAGUUCGGCAACCAGCUGGAGAGCAAGUGGGCCGUGCUGGGCACCCUCAUCCAGGAGUACGGGCUGCUCCAGCGGCGCCUGGAGAACAUGGAGAACCUGCUCAAGAACAGGAACUUCUGGGUGCUGCGGCUGCCCCCCGGCCCCAAGGGCGAGGUCCCCAAGGUGCCGGUGACGUUUGUUGACAUUGCCGUCUACUUCUCCGCCGAGGAGUGGAAGAAUUUGGAGGAGUGGCAGAAGGAGCUGUACAAUAACCUGGUGAAGGAGAACUACGAGUCUUUGAUCUCCCUGGACGGUGCCCUCUCCAGAAGCGACCCGCAGCCCCGGAUCGAGCGCGGCGAGGUGCCCUGCGUCCCCGAGCCGCGGGACCUGGAGCAGAGGGAGCUGCCGGCGGACACCUGCGCAGAGUCCCUCAUCUCCACCUCCGACAUCCUGUCGCGGAUCAAGCAGGAGGUGUCGCUCGUGGGGGAGCAGCAGUUCGCCGAGGAGCGGGGCCUCCCCGCGGACCCCUGCGCAGGAGCCGACGCGCUGAUCACGGCGCACGACUUCCUCUCGUGGAUCAAGCAGGAGGAAGAGCCGUGCGCCAGGGAGCCCUGGGAGCUGGCCGAGAGGGAGAUCCUGGCGGGGCCGGGCCCAGCGGGCGAGGGGCUGCUGGUGAAGACGGAGGAGCGGUGCCCGCACGCCGAGCCCCCCGAGGAGGCGGGCCUGCCCGGCGGCUCCGCGGAGCUGCUCUUCCCGGGCCCGGCCUUCGGCGGCCCCGAGGGACAGGCGGCACCCCCGGCACCCCCGGCGCCCCGCGGACUGGGCAAGGCGCCGGGCGGCGAGGCCGAGGGGCCGGGCGGCUGCGGCGCGGCGCCGGGGCCCGGGGCCGAGCGCCCGCACGGCUGCGCCGAGUGCGGCAAGAGCUUCAGCGGCAAGAAGAGCCUGCGGAUCCACCAGCGGAGCCACGCCGCCGAGCGGCCCUACCCCUGCGCCGAGUGCGGCAAGAGCUUCAACUGCCACUCGGGGCUGGUGCGGCACCAGAUGAUCCACCGCGGCGAGCGGCCCUACAAGUGCGCCGAGUGCGGCAAGUGCUACAGCCGCAAGGAGCACCUGCAGAACCACCAGCGGCUGCACACGGGGGAGCGGCCCUUCGCCUGCGCCGCCUGCGGCAAGAGCUUCAUCCGCAAGCAGAACCUGCUCAAGCACCAGCGCAUCCACACGGGCGAGCGGCCCUACCAGUGCGGCGCCUGCGGCCGCAGCUUCCGCUACAAGGAGUCGCUCAAGGACCAUCAGCGGGUGCACGGCGCCGAGCCGGGGGGGCCGCCGCCGGGGCUGCCCCCCGGCCCCCCCGCCGCCGACUACUCGUCGCGGAUGUCCGUGAGGACGCCGAGCAGGCGGAACUGGAGCUCGCGGUCGCGGGCCCGCUCCUCGCGCUGCGUGGCCCGCUCCUCCUGCCACAUGGCCAGCUCCUGGUGGUACAGCUGGUCCCACUGCUCCUCCAGGUCGAGCAGGUGGUGGAUGUUAGUCCUCCAGCUCUCCCGGCGCUCCUCCCGCAGGCGCGAGCAGCCCAGGCCGCGCGGCGGCCCCGGGGCGGCGGGGGCGUCCCCGGGCGGCGAGGCCGAGGAGGGCAGCGACUCCUCGGUGAGCGCCCCGUGCAGCGGGGAGCGGGCCGGCGGCUCCUCCUCGGGCGCCUUCUCCCAGCUGGGCCCCAUCAGUACCCUGGGCAAAGCGCCCGCCUCCGGGCCCGGGCCCCCCGCCGGCUCCUCGGCGUGCGAGGAGUCGAGGCCGCGGCCCAGGGCGGGCAGGUCGGCCCCCGCCUCGUGGCCCCAGUCCGAGUGCGCGUCCCCGGGGUUGAGCGGGUCCUCGGGCAGGGACGUCACGGAGCCCUGCGAGCUGCACCGGCGGAUCAGCAUGGCCUGCCGGGACAGUUUCAUGUCCUCCUCCGCGGAGAGCGGGGCCUCCGGCCCGGCCUGCAGCCCCGCGGCCCCACCGUGGCCCCUGUCCACCUCCCGGCCUUCCCGCUCCUCCUCCUCCGACAUGGAGGCAGAACCACCACGACUGACCUGGGUCCAAGAUGAUUUCGGGCUCCGAGUCGUGGCUGGCCUGCAAGAAGGUGGAAGCCACCAUCUUCUCCAGGGGCGUGAGGCGCGGCUUGUGGAGCGGCCCGCCAGCACGGUUCAUAGGCAGGUGCUUCUUGGAGUCCGCCACCUCGGUCAUCUCGGCGUCCGCCGGCUCCCCGAAGCAGUCCAGGCCCUCGUCCAGCAGCGCGAAGCGCUCGAACUGCUCCUGGCUGAGGCAGCCGGGCGCCCGCACCGCGCCGAGGGCGGGGGCGGCCGGGCCGGGCUCGGGGCCGAAGCCGGCGGCCCGGAAGCAGCUGGCUAUGAGGGCCGGGCGCACGUCGCCCCAGGCCUGCACCAGCAUGUGCAGCGCGUCCAGGAGCGUGGGCUGCCCCGCGGCGCGCCCCGCCCCGCCGCCGGCACGCCAGGGCAGCCGCGUCAGCAGCCUGCGCCGGUAGUGGCCCUUGAGGUCCCGGAUGACGCCGCGGUCCAGGGGCUGCGCCAGCGCCGCGGCCGGCGGCACGAAGACCAUCCUGACGUUGGAGAGCUCGAGGUAGGGGUGCGCCUCGUGCUUGUCGAGGAAGAGCACCACGCUCUUCCCCUUCCGCUGCAUCUCCUCGUUGAACUCCUGCAGCCACUCGGCGAAGAGAGGCGCCGUCAUGCGCGCCAGGCCGCUGGCGCGGUAGGUCCAGGGCAUCCGCGCCGGGUUGACGCCGCGCAGGCAGCGGGGCCCGGCGCUCUGCCCCACCGCCAGCAGCGCCGCCUUCUCGGAGCCGUCCGCGUUGGUGCAGAGCAGCAGCGUGAGCCGGUCGCCGGGGCCGGCUCGCUCGCCGCGGGCUGCCGGCUCGGCGGGGAGCGCUCCGGGCGGCGCGGCCCGGAAGAGGACGCCCGUCUCCCCGCAGCUGUAGAUCUCAGAGGGCGCGUAGCUGCGGAGCAAGUCGGGCAGCACCGCGCCGGCCCAGUGCUCCGCCGUGGGCUGCUCCGCGUCCUUCUUGUCGCGGGGCGGCUUCUUGAAGGUGAUGUUGUGGCGCACCUUGAAGCGGGCCAGCCAGCUGCUGCUGGCGUCGAAAUCGGGCUUGCCCAGCGCCUCGGCGAGGUUUUUGGCCUUGACUUGCAGGAGCGGCCCGUUGACGGGGAGGUCGGCCGCGCGGGCGCUCUCCACCCACCGCAGCAGGGCGGCCUCGACGGCCACGUCCUUGCCCUCCCGCUUGCGCUUGCGCUCGGGGUUGCUGUUCUGGUGCCACUCGCUCAGGAUGCGCUCCUUGUUCUUGAUGAUGCGGCAGAUCUGGGGCUGCGACACCCCGAACCGCUUGGCCAGCUCGCUCUGGGACACCUUGGGGCCAUCCAGCAUCUCCAGCACGCGCACCUUCUCCGUGAGCGACAGCUCCUUGCGCUCCUUGCGCGGCGCCCCGGCCUCCGCCGGCGCGCCGAGGGAGCUGCUGGCGCAGGCGCCGAGGCGGUACGGGCUGCCGGCGGGCCGGCGCGCCGCGAGGCCGCCGUGCUCCGCGAAGCCGCAGUUGCCGCAGACGGAGGAGCGCUCCGCGGCGCGGGCCAGCCGGUGCCGCACCAGGUCCGGCUUCUGGCCGAACCCCCCGUCGCCGUCGCCCGGCGGAUCCGGCUCGGCGACGCUCCGGCUCCCACCGAGCUGGCCAUGGCGGCGCGGCGCCCCUCGCCCGGCCCCGAGCGCACCUCGGAGCGGGAGACGCAGACCGCCGAGCUCUCCGUGACGCUGGUGGCCGCCGUCCAGGCGGUGGAGCGCAAGGUGGACUCGCACUCCACGCGCCUGCUGGACCUGGAGGGCAGGACGGGCAUGGCCGAGAAGAAGCUCAUCGACUGCGAGAAGACGGCCGCGGAGCUGGGCACCCAGCUGGAGAGCAAGUGCGCGGCGCUGGGCACCCUCAUCCAGGAGUACGGGCUGCUCCAGCGGCGCCUGGAGAACAUGGAGAACCUGCUCAAGAACAGGAACUUCUGGAUCCUGCGGCUGCCGCCGGGCAGGAAGGGAGAGGUCCCCAAGGUGCCGGUGACGUUUGACGACGUGUCCGUCUAUUUCAACGACAAGGAGUGGGAGAAGCUGGAGGAGUGGCAGAAGGAGCUGUACAAGAACGUGAUGAAGGGCAACUACGAAUCCUUGGUCUCCCUGGACUAUGCAAUUUCCAAGCCUGGUGUCUUGUCCCAGAUUGAGCAAGGAGAAGAAUCGCGGGUCGGGAAUGAGCAGGACUUGGAGGAGAGGGAGAUCAUUACUGAUGCCACCGCAGCUGGCAUCAGGGUCGUGAUCAAAACGGAGGAGCUCCUUCCCGAAGACAGUCCCGAGAACCCGGAGCUGCACGGGAUGUCCGGGCAGUCGGAGGGGAGCUUCCAGAGCCCGGACGAAGAGGCGGCCUGCGAGAGCCCCUACGGCUCGGUUUCCCCUCCCAGAGACCUCCCGGGAACCAGCCUGGGCGACCCCGCCGAGUACGGCGCCGACUUCAGCGAGAUCCAGAGGGUCAUCGUUCACCACGGCAGCUGCACGGAGGACGGGAUCGUGAUCAAGACGGAGGAGGAGGAGGAGGAGGACGACCCGGACCCCCUGGAGCCGUGCGCCAUGUUCGCGGGCAGGACAGAGCCGGCGGCGUUCGCGGGCCACGAGGCCGGGCUGGGCUGCGAGGCGCAGUGCAGCUCCGCGGCGCAGCCCCGGAGCCUGGCCGCCGGCCGCGCCGGCAAGCCGCCCGCCUGCGAGCGCGACGCCGGGGAGAUGAAGCCGGUCGUCGUGCACCAGCGGAACCGGACGCGGGAGAGGCCCUACAUCUGCCCCGAGUGCGGGAAGAGCUUCAUGCUCAAGAUCAACUUCAUGAUCCACCAGCGGAACCACCUCAAGGAGGGGCCCUACGAGUGCCACGACUGCGACCUCAGCUUCCGCAACAAGCAGCAGUUCCUGCUGCACCAGCGCGGCCACCCGCGCCGCGCCGUGGGGGUGCCCCGGCGCCCCGAGCACGGCCUCAAGCCCCAGCCGCGGCCCCCGCCGCCGGGGAAGCCCUACAAGUGCUCCGAGUGCGAGAGCAGCUUCAGCCACAAGUCGAGCCUCAGCAAGCACCAGAUCACCCACGUCGGGGAGCGGCCCUUCACCUGCGGCGAGUGCCGGCGGAGCUUCCGCUUGCAGAUCAGCCUCAUCAUGCACCAGCGCAUCCACGCCGGCAAGAGCGACAUGGCCUUCCUCUGCCCCCAGUGCGGCAAGAACUUCACGCGGCCCUCGCACCUCCUGCGGCACCAGCGGACUCACACCGGCGAGCGCCCCUUCCAGUGCAGCCAGUGCGAGAAGACCUUCAGCGAGAAGUCCAAGCUCACCAACCACUACCGCAUCCACACGCGGGAGCGCCCGCACGCCUGCGCCGUCUGCGGCAAGGGCUUCAUCCGCAAGCACCACCUCCUCGAGCACCAGCGCAUCCACACGGGCGAGCGGCCCUACCACUGCGCCGAGUGCGGCAAGAACUUCACCCAGAAGCACCACCUGCUCGAGCACCAGCGGGCGCACACCGGCGAGCGGCCCUACCCCUGCACCGAGUGCACCAAGUGCUUCCGCUACAAGCAGUCGCUCAAGUACCACCUGAGGACGCACAUGGGGGAGUGAGGGGAUGCUCACGCCCCCUCCCUCCCUCCAUCCCUCCAUCCCGCCCUCCAUCCCGCCCUCCAUCCCUCCCUCCCUCCCUCCCCGCCUCCCCCCGGCUCAGGGCAUGGACAUCGAGGAAGCUUUGUGUGGUAGCGCCGCCGGUCUGCUGGAGACAGCGAGGCCCGCUGGAAAUAAAUUAAUUAAUUAAAGCAAGCGACGCGCGGCAAAAUUAAAAGAUUAUAUAUAUAUAAUUAACUGAAGCAGCUGAUUUAGGGGGAAUCCUCACCAUCAGAAAAAAAAAAAAAAAAGGAAAAGAGAGAAAAGAAACCUGUACAGGGUGUUUUGCCGGAGUAGGACUCUUAACUGCUUUUUAAAUCUACUGUUUGGUUUUUUAAUAAAUGUGGAGGAACUUUUCAUUUGGUAAGCAAA